UUGGUCGAUAAUUCAUUUCCAUGGUUGAAUCAAACGCCUUGCAAGUAUAGGGGUAUAAGGAGUUUUGGCGGUGACAUUCCUGUAUCUGAAAUAAAAUCCUCUUUACCUCUCUAAUCUCAUCAACCAACCAAACACACCUUCAUCAUCUUAAUCCGCCAUUUCUACAACCUUCAAAUCUCCAUCUUCCCCAAAUCGCAACAAUGUCUCUCAAUCUUCGCCAGAAACAAACAGAAUGUAUAAUCAGAAUGUUGAAUCUGAAUCAACCAGUGAAUUCAUCAACAGGAAUGGCAAACGAAGAAGUAUACAAGAUCUUGAUCUACGACAAAUCUUCUCAAGAUAUUCUCUCUCCUCUAAUCCAUGUCAAAGACUUACGUAAGCAUGGCGUCACUCUCUUCUUCCUCAUCGACAAACCUCGGAAACCUAUCCCCGAUGUUCCCGCCGUUUACUUCAUCCGCCCAACUCCGGCCAACAUUCAACGCGUCGUUUCGGAUGCUGCUGUACCUCUAUACGAUACGUUUCAUCUCAACUUCUCGUCUUCGAUUCCUCGGCCUUUGUUGGAGGAUCUAGCUUCUGGGCUUCUCAAAUCAAACGACGCCGUUUCUAGGGUUUCUAAGGUACAUGAUCAGUAUUUGGAUUUUGUUACUUUAGAGGAUAACCUGUUUUCGCUUGCUUAUAGUAAUUGUUAUGUGCAAUUGAAUGAUCCUAAAGCUGAACAAAGAGAAAUUGAGGAAAUUAUUGAGAAAGUUGUUGAUGGGUUGUUCUGUGUUUUGGCUACAUUGUCUGUGGUGCCGAUUAUUCGGUGUCCGCAAGGCGGGGCUGCUGAAAUGGUGGCGUCUGCCUUAGAUCAGAGGCUUAGGGACCAUUUGUUGGCUAAGAAUAAUUUGUUUAGUGAAGGUGGGAACUUUGCCUCGUCGUUUCAGAGGCCGGUUUUGUGUUUAUUUGAUAGGAAUUUUGAGUUGGCUAUGGGGAUUCAGCAUGAUUUUAGGUAUAAACCGCUUGUUCAUGAUGUGCUUGGAUUGAGGCUUAAUAGGGUGAGUGUGCAAGGAGAGAAGGGAGGGAAUAAGUCGUUUGAGCUAGAUGGGUCGGAUCCGUUUUGGGUGGCAAAUGGAGGGUUGGAGUUUCCGGAGGUGGCAGUUGAGAUUGAGACUCAGUUGACAAAGUAUAAGAAGGAUGUGGAUGAUGUGAAUAGGAGGACUGGUGGCACUAGUGGGGCGGAGUUUGAUGGGACGGAUUUGAUUGGGAACACAAAGCAUUUGAUGAGUGCUGUUAACUCGCUGCCUGAGUUGACAGAGAGGAAGCAAGUGAUUGAUAAGCACACUAAUAUUGCAACCGUGUUGUUGGGUGAGAUUAAGGAGAGGUCCCUCGAUUCUUAUGCCAAAAAAGAGUAUGAUAUGAUGGUUAGGGGUAGUAUUGAUAUGAAUGAGUUGAUGGGUGUGUUUAAAGGGAAGGGUUCCAAGAUGGAUAAGCUCCGUUUUGCUAUCAUGUAUCUUAUUUCUUUGGAGACUGUUCCACAAUCUGAAGCAGAAAUGGUGGAAACGGCACUCAGAGAAGCUGAGGUUGAUACUAGUGCAUUUCAGUAUGUAAAAAAGAUAAAGUCAUUGAAUGUUCCUUUGACUUCUGCUAGUGCGGCAAGCAGAGGUAACAUAGUAGACUGGGCUGGAAAUCUUUUGGCUGCUGGUAUGAAGAAUCUUUUGGCAGGUGAUCGGCAGCUGGCAUUGGCAAGGAUAGUUGAAGCUUUGAUGGAAGGGCGACCUAACCCAGAGGUUGACUCCUAUGUGAUGUUUGAUCCUCGAGCUCCUAAGUCUAGUUCUGGUAGCCAUCUUAGAGGACCAUUUAAGGAGGCUAUUGUGUUUAUGAUUGGGGGAGGGAAUUACGUGGAACAUGCAAGCCUACAAGAGCUUGUGUCCCGUCAGCAGCCAGCCAAGCAUAUUAUAUACGGAACUACAGAAAUUCUCACUGGGGCAGAGUUUGUUGAUCAACUUGCCUUACUUGGAAAGAAGAUGGGAUUGGGAGUUAAUCCUGUGCCUUCAGCUCAUUGAUAAGUGUGAGGAGUUCAUUUGCUCUUCUGGAAAUUGGCGGACUUGUUUGGCAUCUAUUAUAUAUAGAACAACAGAAAUUCUCACUGGGGCAGAGUUUGUUGAUCAACUUGCCUUACUUGGAAAGAAGAUGGGAUUGGGAGCUAAUCCUGUGCCUUCAGCUCAUUGAUAAGUGUGAGGAAUACAUUUGCUCUUCUGAAAAUUGGCGGACUUGGUUGGCAUCUAUUCCCAUCCUUUGUGCAGGGAAGUCAAACUAAGCUAGAAUACUUUUGAUUUCUGAAGCAUCAGUCAUAAUUGAAUACAGUGAUAUUUUGAAGAUGUAUCGAAAUAGUUAUAUAGUUUGCAAAAGUGAGUAAAUUUUUGCUCCUGAAUACUUUUCAAGUUUUCAUAUUUAAUCUCUUUUGAUGUAUAUGUGUGCUGAACAUGUCAUUGUUUUUUCUUCUAGCAUCUUUUUAUAAUAUUCAUGUAUUCUUUACAUUUGGAAUUCGUCUUGAUUCAAGUAAUCUUCAGUAAACGACUUCUAGCUUUUAAGGUGAUUGUUAUUUUAUUUUUGAACUUGUUAAUAUUUGCAACUUUAUGAAGUUCUGUUGGGAUAUUCUGCAUGUUUUUGUUUUCAUGUUAUAUCUUAUAUGGUGUUACAGCUGCAUUCUUGCAACCUUUGUUGUGAUGUUUUUGUGUGUACAUCUACAAAAGAGUGUUUUCGUGGUCUUGCUGCCAGUAAUGUUGCAUCUGUUAUUUUUCUUUUUAGAUUGUAGAUCUGAAUGUACAUCAGUCCAUGCUUCUUUGACCGAGCAUCUUACUUAGUAGAGGCUUCUUAUGACUUUGGACCCCUUUUGGCUGUAAUUUUGGUGACAGCUUCGAUUCAGGUUUUAGAGUUCUAUGAUAAUUGUUGAAGGCUUUACUUAGGUUAGUAUCCAUCAUUUCUGCUGUCAAUACUUUGAGUGUUGCAGCAGAAACAAAUUAGCAGGAAAAUGUGAGUUUGAGGCUUAAUUGAAAGGUAAAGCCUUUUCAUAUAGGUAUGUAGUAGUUUGAUUUUCUGCAGGAGACGUAGUUUUCUCAUCUCUGUAUGUUCUGUUAUAAUGCUGAUGCUUAGUUAAAUGUAUGCACUUGCAAAGUUGCAAGCAUGUUAUUACUGUUGAUCAGGGUUAUGCUGUUGUUUACCUGUUGGCGAGGGUAGUCAGGGCUUUCUCCUAUCUAAUAAGCUCCGAAAGAUUAAGGCGGUUUUCCUCCCAAAAUAUACAACUGCUUCUAGGUGGUAACAGGUAGAUAGGCAGAGCUACUAUCUGCUUAACAUCUCUCUGCAGUGAAGUGAUAGUAUAGAUGCCUCUAAAACUGGUACUGCACAAGAAGCUAUGUAGAUAACAGUUCGUGAAGCAAGCCGGGCUCUCACAGAGCAAGAAGUAAGACAAAUUCUUGCAGUCCUUGAAAAUGCUGCUAGGGAAGAAAUUGUGAAAAGUCAGUGUUCUUUCACUUUUUAAACAAUGUAUUUAUAGAAAGGCAGACGUGAUUUUUAAGUUUUAGUUUUUCUGUUGCAUAGAUCUCCUUGUCAUGAUAUCUUUGAUUUGUGCAGAAAUACGAUAUUUUAUUUGAGGGGAAUGCUAAGCAAGCUAAGGGAGCUUUUACCUUUAAUCAAAGGUUCAUAGAGCAAAGGAACAGCUGGAGAUUCUACGUUUAUAUUUUCAGUUUUAGCUUGAGCUUGAAUCAAGUUACAGAGUAUGAAUUAAUGGUUUGAGUCAAGCUUUCAUUUCCAACUAGAACAAGGCUCGAGGUCGAGUUUUAAUUGGAAUUGAAGUGAACUUAGCUUAGAAUUUAAAUCAUUGCUUAUAUUAAUCCCUUUUGGAAAUUGUUAUGUGAAUAUGAAAGUUAAAUCUUGUUCCUUAUACAUGAAUUAUUGAUAUUGUAGAUUUUACACUUGGAGUAAGUACCAUUUUCCCUUCUUGUAAAAAAAAAAGGGUACCAUUUUCCUUUUGUUAUGAAGUAUCUAUUGUACUAUGCAAUUUCUUGAGAUACCUAGCUGGCAUGGAAAGUUUUGAUAUUGAAUUGGAUGAGGAACAAUGAUGAUUCUUCGAUUAGCCCAUCAUCGAAGGAUUGGUUGCUAAUUAAGACUCUACAAAGAACUGGAAAAACAAGGGAUCAGCUUACCCAGAAGGAAAUAGGAAGUACAAAGAAAGGAAGGAAAAAAAAAAA